ACUCUCCCGGCUGCGAGCCCCGCCGCCUCGCUCCAGCUCUGUCAGUUUCCUCGGCGGCGGGAGGCGAGAGCACCGGGAGCAGAGCGAGCGCGGGGGGCACCGGAGACGGCGGCGGCGGCGGCGACGCGGACACAGCCAGGGCGCGGCGGAUCUUCCACUCGCACACAGAGCACUCGGUGGCCCACGCAGGAUCACGAUGCUGCCCAGCUUGGCGCUGCUCCUGCUGGCCGCCUGGACGGUUCGGGCUCUGGAGGUGCCCACUGAUGGCAAUGCCGGGCUGCUGGCAGAACCCCAGAUCGCCAUGUUCUGUGGUAAACUCAAUAUGCACAUGAAUGUGCAGAAUGGAAAGUGGGAGUCAGACCCAUCAGGGACUAAAACCUGCAUUGGCACCAAGGAGGGCAUCCUGCAGUACUGCCAAGAGGUCUACCCUGAACUGCAGAUCACCAAUGUGGUGGAAGCCAACCAGCCAGUGACCAUCCAGAACUGGUGCAAGCGAGGCCGCAAGCAGUGCAAGACGCACACGCACAUCGUGAUUCCUUACCGUUGCCUAGUUGGUGAGUUUGUAAGUGAUGCCCUUCUCGUGCCCGACAAGUGCAAGUUUCUACACCAGGAGCGGAUGGAUGUUUGUGAGACCCAUCUUCACUGGCACACCGUCGCCAAAGAGACAUGCAGUGAGAAGAGCACUAACUUGCACGACUAUGGCAUGCUGCUGCCCUGUGGCAUCGACAAGUUCCGAGGGGUAGAGUUUGUGUGCUGCCCGUUGGCCGAGGAAAGCGACAGCAUCGAUUCUGCUGAUGCAGAGGAGGAUGACUCUGAUGUCUGGUGGGGUGGAGCGGACACAGACUAUGCUGAUGGCGGUGAAGACAAAGUAGUAGAAGUAGCUGAAGAUGAGGAAGUGGCUGAUGUUGAGGAAGAAGAAGCUGAUGAUGAUGAGGAUGUGGAGGAUGGGGAUGAGGUGGAAGAGGAGGCCGAGGAGCCCUACGAAGAGGCCACAGAGAGAACAACCCGAAUCGCCACCACUACCACAACCACCACUGAGUCCGUUGAGGAGGUAGUCCGAGAGGUGUGCUCUGAACAAGCUGAGACCGGGCCAUGCCGAGCAAUGAUCUCCCGCUGGUACUUUGAUGUCACUGAAGGGAAGUGCGCCCCUUUCUUUUACGGCGGAUGUGGUGGCAACAGGAACAACUUUGACACGGAAGAGUACUGCAUGGCGGUGUGUGGCAGCGUGUCAUCCCAAAGUUUAAUCAAGACUACCAGUGAACCUCUUCCCCAAGAUCCUGUUAAACUUCCUACGACAGCAGCCAGCACCCCAGAUGCCGUCGACAAGUACCUGGAGACACCCGGAGAUGAGAAUGAGCAUGCCCAUUUCCAGAAAGCCAAAGAGAGGCUGGAAGCCAAGCACCGAGAGAGAAUGUCCCAGGUCAUGAGAGAGUGGGAAGAGGCAGAGCGUCAAGCCAAGAACUUGCCCAAAGCUGACAAGAAGGCCGUUAUCCAGCAUUUCCAGGAGAAGGUGGAAUCUCUGGAACAGGAAGCAGCCAACGAGAGACAGCAGCUUGUAGAGACACACAUGGCCCGAGUUGAAGCCAUGCUCAAUGACCGCCGCCGCCUGGCUCUCGAGAAUUACAUCACCGCGCUGCAGGCGGUGCCUCCACGGCCUCAUCAUGUGUUCAACAUGCUGAAGAAGUACGUCCGUGCGGAGCAGAAAGACAGACAGCAUACUCUCAAGCAUUUUGAACAUGUGCGCAUGGUGGACCCCAAGAAAGCUGCUCAGAUCCGGUCCCAGGUUAUGACACACCUCCGUGUGAUCUACGAGCGCAUGAACCAGUCUCUGUCCCUGCUCUACAAUGUCCCUGCGGUGGCUGAGGAGAUUCAAGAUGAAGUCGAUGAGCUGCUUCAGAAAGAGCAGAACUACUCUGACGAUGUCUUGGCCAACAUGAUCAGUGAACCCAGAAUCAGCUACGGAAACGAUGCUCUCAUGCCUUCUUUGACCGAAACCAAGACCACCGUGGAGCUCCUUCCCGUGAAUGGGGAAUUCAGCCUGGAUGAUCUCCAGCCAUGGCAUCCUUUUGGGGUGGACUCUGUGCCAGCCAAUACAGAAAAUGAAGUUGAGCCUGUUGACGCCCGCCCUGCUGCUGACCGAGGACUGACCACUCGACCAGGUUCUGGGCUGACAAACAUCAAGACGGAAGAGAUCUCAGAAGUGAAGAUGGAUGCAGAGUUCGGACAUGAUUCAGGAUUUGAAGUCCGCCAUCAAAAACUGGUGUUUUUUGCAGAAGAUGUGGGUUCAAACAAAGGCGCCAUCAUUGGACUCAUGGUGGGCGGUGUUGUCAUAGCAACCGUGAUUGUCAUCACCCUGGUGAUGCUGAAGAAGAAACAGUACACAUCCAUCCAUCAUGGAGUGGUGGAGGUUGACGCCGCCGUGACCCCAGAGGAGCGCCACCUCUCCAAGAUGCAGCAGAACGGAUAUGAGAAUCCAACUUACAAGUUCUUUGAGCAGAUGCAGAACUAAACCCCACGCCCCGCCACAGCAGCGGCCUCUGAACUUGGACAGCGAAACCAUUGCUUCACUACCCAUCGGUGUUCAUUUAUAAAAUAACGUGGAAAGAAACAAACCCUUCCGUUUAUUUACUCACCCUCGGCUUUUGACAGCUGUGCUGUAACACAAGUAGAUGCCUGAACUUGAAUUAAUAUACAAAUCAGUAAUGUAUUCUCUCUUUCUCUCUUUACAUUCUGGUCUCUACACUACAUGAUUAAUGGGUUUUGUGUACUGUAAAAAAAAAAAAAAUUAGCUGUAUCAAACUAGUGCAUGAAUAGAUUCUCUCCUGAUUAUUUAUCACAUACAUAGCCCCUUAGCCCGUUGUAUAUUAUUCUUGUGGUUUGUGGCCCGGAAAACUCCUACUUGAAAUAUGCUUUAAAAAUCGAUGGGGGAUGCUUCGUGUGAACGUGGGCGUUUAGCUGCUUCUCCUAAGUAUUCUUUUCCUGAUCACUAUGCAUUUUGAGCAUUUUUAAGUAUUCCAGAUGAUUUAGAAAGUUCUUUUCCAUGACUGCAUCUUACUGUACAGAUUGCUGCUUCUGCUCUCUUUGUGACAUAGGAAUAAGAGGAUACACAUUGAUUUCUUUGUGCCUGUUUUAUGUGCACACAUUAGGCAUUGAGAAUUUGAACUUUUUUUGUCCAUGUAUCUUUGGAUCUUUGAUAAAAAAUAAAAAAAAAAAAUCCCUGUUCAUCGUAAGCACUUUUACGGGUGGGGGGAGGGAGUGUUCUGCUGGUCUCCAAUUACCAAGAAUUCUCCAAAAAUUAAUUUUCUGCAGGAUGAUUGUACAGAAUCAUUGCUUAUGCCAUGAUAGCUUUCUACACUGUAUUACAUAAAUAAAUUAAAUAAAAUAACUCCAGGCAA